AUGAAAAAUUAUUUAUACAUAAAUCAUCUGAAAAAGUUUAUUGAAAAUGAAAAUUUAACAGUUCCUAAUUUUGAAAACUUAACUGAGGAAGAAAAUGAGGAAAAAGAUAAUAAAAAGUUAGAAGAGGUAAGAAGUACUUUAAGUUCUAAUUGCAGAAUAGUUAAAAUAGAAGAUGAAGAAAUAGAAAUUUCAAAAUGGAAUUCGUUAAAAAAUACCAAAAUAAAUGAAUUUAUUAUAAAUUCUUUGAAUGAUAAAUUUCAUUUCAAAACAUUAUUACCUUGCCAAAAUUGCAUUUUACCAUAUUUGUUAUUAUAUAAAAAUGGAUCAAGUUCUUUAAUUAAUGGUGAUAUUUAUAUUGAAGUCCCAACUGGUCUUGGUAAAACAUUAUGUUAUAUAAUUUCAAUACUAGAUUAUUUCUUAUGCAAAACAGAUAGCAAAUUAUAUUGUCUUAUUUUGACAGCCACAGAAGAAUUAGUUAAUCAAAUAUUAACGGUUAUUAGAAAUUUUGGAAUAAACAAUUUAAUAUGUAAAAGUUUAAAUAUAAAUAUGUUUAAUUCUAAUAUUUAUUUUGAUGAAUUUAUCGAUAAUGAUGAUUCUUUUAAAGAUUGCAAUAUUAUUGUAACAACUACUAACAAAUUUGAAAUGUUAUUUUAUAGCAAUGAAGAUAUGUUUAAACAUUUAAAAUUUUUAGUUAUAGAUGAAGUAGAUAAAAUUUUGUCUUUUAAUAAAAGUAAUAUAAGUAGUAUAGUUAAUUCUUUAACAAAUAUUGUAGAAAAAUAUCAAAAUACAACUAAUAAUUUAUAUAAACCAAAAUAUUUUCUUCAAAAAAUUUUAGUUUCUGCUACUUUAUGUAAAGUUUCUGAUAAAAUAAUGUCUUUAAAUUUAUAUAGGCCUAUAUUUUUUUAUUACAUAUUAAAUUAUAAAAGAAAUGAAGAAUUUUAUUUAUAUACUAAAAAUAAAUACUAUAAGCUUUACUUUUUAAUUAAACUAAUUACAGAUAUUCAAAAUAAAAGUGAUUUGAAUAUGUUAAUUUUCUGUGACAACGAUGAAUCAUCACACAACUUAUUCAGAUAUUUAACAAUUUAUUUUAGUUAUACUAAUGAAAAGUAUUAUAGUAUAAAAGAGUAUAGUCGUAAUUUAUCAAAUAAAAGAAGAAAAAGAAUUCUCAAUGAAUUUUUAAAUAAAAAAUUGAAUAUCUUAAUAUGUACGGAUUCUAUUUCAAGAGGUUUGGAUACAGUUAAUUUAAAUUAUGUUAUAAAUUAUGAUAUGCCCAAAUAUUACAAUAUUUUAACGCAUAGAAUUGGAAGAUUAGGAAGAUAUAAUAGUAAUAAAGGAAAUGUGUAUCAUUUUAUUAAGAAAAAGGAAAAGGCUAUUAUGAAUAAGUCGGCUAAGCAAAGAAAUAUUAAAUUAGUUGAACAAAUGAGAUUUAAAAAAAGUAAAUUAAUCGAUAUAAAAAAGAACAUAUUACAUUUAAAACCACUAAUUAAAAAUAUAAUAAAAAUGGAAAAUAGAGAGAUAAUAAAAUGUCACAAAUAUUAUAGUUAUGAAGAUUUGAUUAGAAUAAAUCUUCAAUAA